AUGGCAGGAACAGCAGCAGAACUGGAGGCAGAACUGCUGUUGUCUGUAUCCCCUGAGCUGAGAAAGCCAGAGCCGGAGCAGCAGAGACAGCAGAAGCCUUGGGUUACCAGUAGGAGAGCAGACAUGCUCACCAGUCCUUUAAGAAGGGCUGACAUUGCCAUAGAAUGCAUGAGUAACCUUUGUUGCGCUAACAACGAAAAAGAAUUAAAUGUGGGUGAUGUUGAGAAAGGCAAGAGGAUUUUUAUCCGGAAGUAUUCCCAAUGUCACACCAUGGAAAAGGGAGGCAAGCACAAGACUGGACCUCAUCUCCAUGAUCUCUUUGGGUGGAAGACAGGUCAGGCUGCUGGAUUCACUUACACUGAAGCCAAUAAAAACAAAGACAUCAUCUGGGGAGAGGAUACACUGAUGGAAUAUUUGGAGAAUCCCAAGAAGUAUAUCCCUGGAACAGAAAUAAUCUUUGUCGGUAUUAAGAAGAAAGGAGAAAGAGAAGACUUAAUAGCUUAUCUCAAAAAAGCUACUAAAGAGUAA